AUUCCGCGGGUUCGUUCCCGAUAAAUCCCGGCGUGUUUUCAGUGAGUUAUUCCCGUUCUGGGCCCGAGCAGACUCAUGGAGCUGACGGCAGCUCGACGCUCGUUCCUCUGUGACAUCGGUUUCUGGGCGGACCGCACUACUUUGCAUGAGGCAGCGUCCCAAGGCAGGACGCUGCAACUGAAGCAGCUUAUAGAAAGAGGAGCUUCUGUUAACAUGGUCACAGUGGACAACAUCACGCCGCUUCAUGAAGCCUGCAUUCAGGCUCACCCAAACUGCACCCGCCUGCUGCUGGAGGCUGGAGCUCAGGUAGAUAUUCGAAACGUUCAUGGCAGCACUCCUCUUUGCUGUGCUUGUGCUGCUGGAAGUCUGGAGUGUCUGCUUGAGUAUGGAGCCCAAGUAAACCCAUCUCUUACAGCUCUGACUGCCUCCCCUCUCCACGAGGCCUGCAUACAAGGUAACGCUGAUGUAGUGAGGCUGAUGAUAGUCAGCGGUGCUAAACUGGAGGCUUUCGAUGUCCACUUUGGGCCUCCUCUCCACAUUGCCUGUGCUAAAGGAAAUGUCGUUUGUGUGAAGGAGCUGCUGAUGGCAGGUGCCAAUGUGAAUUCCGUGAAGUUCCAUGAGACGGCCUUGCACCAUGCGGCCCGAGUCCACAUGGUGGACUUGAUCGAGCUGCUGGUGGAGUUUGGAGCCAACGUGUAUGCCAGCGACAACCACGGAAGAAAGCCUGUGGACUACACAACGCCUGCCUCCCCCUCCUUCUCCUGCCUUCAGUUUUAUGAAAGUAAUCCUCUCAGCCUGCAGCAGCUCUGCAGGAUUGCUGUGAGGAGAAUGCUGGGCACCCGAGCAUCAGAGGUCAUCAGUCGGCUGAGCCUGUCGCACCGCAUCCUCGAUUACCUGCAACACUGUGAUCAUCACACAUCACUCCUCUGACUCCUGUCCUGACUGGGGCUUUGGGAUCUUCCUUAAAGACUCACUUCUAUGAAAAUUGUGUUUUUGGCAUUUUGGUGAAAGAUCUUCAAAAAGUGAAACAAGAAGAAACAGUUCAUUGAGUUUGAUCCAACGUUUAUGAACAAACUUGGAGGUUUUUUGGGGUUGAAAAAACUCCAACUCAAAGCUGCUGCAGAGACUGUAAUCCUUAAAGAAAAAAAAAACAUUUAUAAAAGCUUUAAAAAUAAUCACACAUUUUCAUUACAGAAUCUCAACAGUCCAGAUGGGUGUAUUUUAAUAAACAUUUAUAGAUACAGUGUAGAUACAGAGCAAG